GGGAGGGGGCGCCGGGUCUGGACGGGACCGGGCGCGGGACCGGACGCACCAUGGGCGGGUGGCGGGACAUGUCCGCCGAGGCGCUGGAGGACCAGUACUCCCCCAGCCGCUGGUCCCCCCGCCUCGACCGGGACACCAUCAUCGACGCCCACCUCGCGGUGACGGCGGCAGGAACCGAGCGGGCCCGGGCCAGCGCCCAGACCUCGCUGCACGUCCCCUAUGGCAAAGGGGACGGGGAGAAGCUGGACAUCUAUUUCCCCACGGACCAUUCUGGGACCUUCCCGGUCCUGGUCUACAUCCAUGGCGGAUACUGGCAGUGCCUGAGUCCCCAGCUGGCCCCCACAGCCCCUGGCCCCCACAGCCUGUCAGCGUCUCUCUUCCCCAGUAAGGACGAGUCGGGGUUUGCAGCCCCCCCGCUGGUGUCGCAGGGGGUGGCGGUGGUGGCGGUGGGGUACGACACAGCCCCCAGAGGCCACAUGGACACUAUGGUUCUGCAGGUGCGCCGCAGCCUUGCCUUCCUGGUGGAGCAGUACCCUGAGAUCAGAGGCAUUUACCUGUGUGGGCACUCGGCAGGGGCCCACCUGGCAGCCAUGGUGCUGUUCACAGACUGGACGGAAUUCCACGUGGUGCCAGAUAUCAAAGUGCCUCUGCCUUCAGGAGCAGUGCUGGUGAGCGGCGUGUACGAUCUGGAGCCCAUCCUGCACACCUAUGUGAACGAUGCUCUGAACAUGAGCCGGGAGGUGGCCCAGAGGAAUAGUCCCAUGCGACACGUUGCCCCGGCGGUGCCAGCGGCCUGUGAGGUGCUUGUGGUUGUGGCCCAGCACGACUCCCCGGAGUUUCGCAGGCAGUCGCAGGAGUACAGCCAGGCCCUGCGUGCAGCCGGCUGGUCCGUCUCCCUGCUGGAUCUGGCCAGUGUGGAUCACUUUGAUGUCAUUGAGAAGCUGUCGGAGAACAGCUACAUCCUCACUCAGGUCAUUCUGAACAUGAUUUCAAGAGCAUGAUGGCAUGUUGAGAGCAAACAGACAGGGACCAUGGCCCUGCAUGACGGCACCAGGCAGCCAGUGUUCCCCUUGCCCAUUGCCUCCUUGCUCCAGCACAGGGUGGCCACUGCCUCAGACCCCCCUGGCCCCUUCUGCUCUGCCCAGCCUAGGCUGGUGCCCCUUUCCUGGGGUCUUCCUGCCUUCCUGCCUGCCAGAGCAUGAGGGGCUGAGGGCUGCAAGGCUCUGUCCAGACAACUGGUUGAUGAAGAUCAUUCCCUCAGUGUCCUUUAAAAUGCAUAUUGUCGAUACAAAAUAAAACAAGAAUUACUGUU